UCCCAGGAAGUGAACUUGCCGCCAUUUUAGGUUUAUCCGCGCGGCGUGCUCGGUUGUGCGUUGGGUAACGUUUCUUUCUUUCCUUCCAGUCUUAUCGAUUGUGUUCUCUUUACACGUUCUGCUGUGACCAGGUGAGUACAGAGCUGUAGACAUGAGUUACGGUAGACCGCCGCCCGAUGUCGAGGGCAUGACGUCGCUGAAAGUGGACAAUCUGACAUACCGAACCUCGCCCGAGACUCUGCGGCGUGUGUUCGAGAAGUACGGCCGCGUCGGAGACGUGUACAUCCCGAGGGACCGCUACACCAAGGAGAGCCGCGGGUUCGCUUUCGUGCGCUUCCACGACAAGCGCGACGCCGAGGACGCGAUGGACGCCAUGGACGGCGCGCUGCUGGACGGACGGGAGCUCCGCGUGCAGAUGGCGCGUUACGGCCGGCCGCCAGACUCGCACUACGGCCGCAGGGGAGGACCUCCGCGCAGAUACGGCGGUUACGGACGGAGGAGCCGCAGCCGCAGUCCCCGGCGCAGGAGACACAGCCGGUCCCGCAGCAGGAGCCGCUCUCGCUCCAGAAGCAGGUCCCGCUACAGCCGCUCCAGGUCCAGGUCCUACUCUCGGUCCCGCUCCCGGUCUAAGAGCCGCACGCCCCGCAGGAGCAAAUCCAAAUCUCCUUCCAGGUCCCGAUCCAGAUCUAAGACCAAGUCUCCUUCCAGGAGUCGCAGUCCGCGCUCCAACAGAGCGUCUAAAUCCAAGUCCAGGUCCAGGAGCAGGAGCAGACCCAAAUCCCCUGAGGCCAACGGGACAGAGUCGUGAGCCCGAGUUCAGGUAAAAACCCAGGACAGGACACUGACCUCUGGGUCUGUUACUGUCGUUUAUUAUGCUUUCUUCUUCUUUUAUGUUAAGCCUCAAACAUAUUUACACAACUAGCUUAACAUUAAAACCUGUUUAAACACUACUACAUUAACGCACACACUAAUACAAGCCCAUUACAAAAUGGCUUUAAACAAUGACGUGGCACAUUAAUGCUCAAAUCAAAAAUGGGGUUCUUGGAUAUUUCUGGGAAACUAAGUCAUUUGUAGACCUGGAGAAUUAUGGUAUUACAGGAAGGAAGCUUAAAUGAUAUUUAUGUAAAGAAAAUCAUAUGUAAAGGACAAGAACCCAAAUUUAUCAGCAGUUAUAGGAAAGUUUUUUUUUAUUUAAGAGAUUCCGAUAUUACGCAGGUGUCGGAUUAGUGCUUUGCCGUCGGCAAUGGCGUUAGGAAUUGUAUGACUGUAGUUAAUAAAUAAGAGGCACAACCAGAACCCGGUUUGGAAGCCACGACAGGUAAAACCGUAAGUAUUUUUUUAUUUGCAACCAAUAGAUUCUGGGUGGUAAACAUUUUACCUUAAUGUGGAAUUCUUUCCUCCAAGCUGCUGAUUCCCGUAUGCAAAAGAGGAGUUUGGGGGCAGUUUGAGAGCAGUUAGUGUGUGAUCCGACCGUUGGCUGCCUGCUGCUGCUUGGCGGUUGCUAUGGAGCAGGUCGGUCUCAAUGAGUGUUGAGGUGGUGUUGAGGUACGUUCGCAGGACGACGGACCGAGGCCUUUUUUCCAUCUUCCUUGUCACGCCCAUAGACGAAAGCAGGACAGAAAGAGGGAUGCUUUCUCAAAGCUCGUGUAAGGAGUCAGAGACGUGACACACGAUUUCUUUAAAAAUAACUUGAUUUGCUUUCUUUUGCUGACGUCUUAAAGUUGCUUUCAGAAACGCAUCCCCUACCCCCAGGUUUUUCCUCAUUCGUUGAGGUUGCUCAACACCAAUUUAGGGUAAAUAACUUGACAACAGAGCAACUCUACAACACUGUUGCUCACAAAAAAAAAAGAAUGUAAGGUUUGAUUUUUUUUUUUUUUUUUUUUUUGGUAAUCACAGGAUUUUUUCUUUUCUUACUUUUAAGCAAAGUUGAAGGUGGCCUGUAGUGUUUAAUUAAGUGAUGGCUGCUUUUAUGGAAAUGUAGGAACUAUACAAGCAAACAGAAGCUUGUAUAAUUAUACUGUCUUAAAUUCUUCAAAACUCACUGACUUUUUUCUUUCCUAGAUGAUGUCAGAUGAAUGAGUCUUCAAUUCUGAGGAUCACAUCGAAAGGAAAAGUCCAUCUGAGGAUUUCUAAAUUCACCUUAUCAGACCAAAAGGUUGUUGCAAACACUUGGUCUACAUCUUUUUAGCUUUUUUUUUUUUUUUUUUUUUUUUUUUGCCUUUGUUCAGUUGACCAGAAUUUUCUGUAUCGUAUUUUGAAGUGUGAUCAUUGAAUUUAAUAUUUGCGCUUAAGUGAAAUUCUUAGGUGGAAAGAUUUUCUUCAUUUUUUUUUUUGCUAGUUUGUGCAUUUGUUUAGUACUUCAUGUAAGUAAUCUUCCAGCCAAUAAAGUAAGUUCAUUUUACUCAAUCCAUUACGUCUUUUCUUUAAUGCAGUGUGUAUUCAAGUCUGUAAUGUAAUAAAGCUGAUUUUUUUUUUCCCCCAACUCUGUAUGUAACCUCUGGCCAGAUGUUUAGCCCUAACACAUGCAAGUGAUUUAAGAAAUUGGACAUUUCAUGUAAAAACCACGUUCUCUACCUGUUGCAUUUGGAUUUCCUUUUUUUUUUUUUUUUAAACCUUCUAAUUUGGCAAAUCUGUGAUAUUUCUAAUGCUCUCCCUUGUAUCUUUUGUGCACUAGGCGCAGUUGCGCAGCAGUUGAGUAUUGCUGGUUAGCUGUUAAGGUGGCGUGUUGCAGUGCAGAGUGCUUGGCUGUUUCCAGUAUUCUCCUGAUUGCUCCCGUGUAACACCCUUGAUUUGACGGUUUUAAAAGCUGCAGCAGAAUGACCUGCGUGGGUCCUUCCUGCAAACCUUUCGUUCGAUUAAUUUACGCAGUGGGAGGUAGUGCACCAACAUUAUCACGUUUUCAAUGGCAGCAUUUGUUCUCUGGAAACAUACACGGCUGUAAGCUCCAUGUGAAUGCUAAUAAACAUUUUUGUGCUAAA